UCUGCCCAUUCAUUCCUGUCCCCAGCUAAGGCCCCUGGAGUUGAAAGGAUUCCUGCCCUUCGCACCCUCCCCCCAUGUUCCCUGUACAGCCUGAAAGACCAAGGUCACAGCACUGCCCAGAACCCGACAGCUCUAGGGAGGUGAAGUGCUAUCAGGCUGGUGCUCUUGUGGGGGAGUAUAUAAGGGCUGCAGCCAUGCACACUCCCCGCAGUUCCUCUCCAGACCCUAGGGCUUGGAGAAUACUCCACAGCCUUGGGGCCAGUGCAAGUGCCGCCAGGUACCAAAUUCACAGGUCUGUCUCUGGCCAGGCAGGUGGUUCUUGUGUGCCCUGUGUGACUGGUUCUCAGAAAAAUGAGCAAUUAUUUUGGCACAGGGCAUUCACUGAGCUCGCUGUUGUGUGGCUGACAACCAAGUAUGAGGUGUUUGAGAACCGGGAGGUGCAAAGCCAUCUGAAUUCUGUCUUGCUGCAGAUUCCUCGCUGACUAGCUUGGCUAGCCUCUGCGUACAGCCUCCACCCAGUUUUCCGUUCAUGGAGUCUGCGGUGAAAUCGGCUUUCGGGGUCCCAGUGAAACAGCUUUUCUCCUGCAUCUCUGCUGACCGCAAGGACAAGGAUUUCCAGACCCGGGGAGGCUUCACAAAGGGCCCAGAAGAACACCACAACCGGAAGGCCCAGGAGGAGAAAAGCGAACGGGACGCCUUCUACGCUCAGAAGAAAGCCGAGCGUGCGGCCAUGAGGACCCAGCUCCGGGAGAAAUACCAGCUGCCCGAGAACAAGGCAGACACGCGGCAGCUGCGGGCGGCUGGCACGAAGACGCCAGCGGGCCAGGCCGUGGUAGCAGCGGUGCGGCCCUUCGCAGGGCUGGCGGCCCUGGCCCUCGGCUCGUGGAAGAACGGAGGCGAGAGCCCAGCGCAGGCCCUGCGGCCCGGCCGGCAGCGCCCGCUCGUGUGACCCAGGCAGGCAGCGGAGGCGGCUCCUGCCUGCGGACGGGGCCCUGCUGCCUGGGGGUGCGGAGCCUGCCCUGGGCCCCGGGGAACGGGCAGCUCGGCCCGCACCCGGUGUGACCAGGCCCCAGGCGGGCUUGGAUCAGUGUCUUGCGCGGGGCCGCAGCCAUUAAACCCUCGAGACGC